AUGGUGGAUGUUGAGGAUUCUUCAAGAAUGACAGUAUCUACAGCUUCUGGAGAGGACACAAGUGUUUCUUCUUUUGGAAACCAAGGCAUGCCACCCUCUGUUACAGUGCCACCACCAAAGAAGAAGCGAAACCUCCCGGGAAUGCCAGAUCCGGAUGCUGAAGUGGUUGCGUUAUCACCAAAGUCUUUAUUAGCUACAAACAGAUUCGUGUGUGAGAUCUGUAACAAGGGCUUUCAAAGAGACCAGAACCUCCAGCUUCACAGACGCGGCCAUAACUUACCAUGGAAGCUAAAGCAACGAACCAACAAAGAGCCAAGGAAGCGUGUCUAUGUGUGUCCAGAGCAAUCUUGUGUACAUCACAGCCCAGCGAGAGCUCUUGGUGACCUUACUGGCAUUAAAAAACACUUCUGCAGAAAGCACGGUGAAAAAAAAUGGAAGUGUGAGAGAUGCUCAAAGAAAUAUGCUGUUCAGUCUGAUUGGAAAGCUCACAUGAAAACUUGUGGCACUAGAGAGUAUAAAUGUGAUUGUGGCACUUUGUUUUCAAGGAGAGAUAGUUUUAUAACACACAGGGCAUUUUGUGAUGCGUUAGCGGAGGAGAGUGCAAGGGCACAAACCCUAGCAAUAACGGGAAACGAAGGGAACGGUUGUAAUGUCAAGUGUGUGGUUGCUUCGCCACCGCCUCCACCACUUACGCCGUCUACUAGUGUGGUGUCUCCGGGUUUGUCAGUUCAAAGCUCAGAAUUGGCAGAAAAUCCAAUCGGACUUUCACCACCGACACCAGCAACUACAUGCCUGAAUGCCUCAGCAACAAGCACAAGCUCUACUAGCUCAACCAGUACUGUAUUUGCUAGUAUAUUUGCAUCUUCAACAGCAGCACCAACACAAGCACCUCCAUCCUCAUUUUCAAAUCUGUUUUGCGGCUUAGCUCGCUCUGAUUGCCCCGCUACAAUCCCAACACCUAGAGCAAUGGACCCCCCAUCCCUCUCUCUUUCACCAUCUCUUUACCUCUCCAACAAUACCUCCACUCUCUUCCCCACAGACCAAGACCAUCGCCAUUACACAUCGUCUCCGCAACCAGCCAUGUCUGCCACUGCAUUACUUCAAAAAGCAGCACAAAUGGGUGCAACUACAUCCAAUCCAUCAUUUCUCCGUGGUUUGGGUUUACCCCUUCAACCAAUCAAGACAGCAAUGGCAAUCAAUGGGAUGUGA